AUGCAAUAACUUUACCCUAGAAUAAGAGCAUCAUCAGUUUAAGAACAAGGAGAACAGAGAGCCAAAUUACCAAAUAUACUUACACCUACCUUUGCAGAUUGGAAAAUUAUAAGUGAUACUAAAGCUCACCCUAAGGUUAGCAGAAGGAAUCCUCUAUUUAAAUUUGGUUUGAUUCCACCAAAAAAGGCUGUUACACCUUAAUCGUCUGCUAAUUAAAAUCCUUAAGAUUUUAGAGGACUUAAAUCAGAGGAACAAAGUUAAAGGAUGAAAGAAAAAAUUGUUGAAGACAGAGUAAGCACAACAGAAACAAAUAAUCUUUAAUAAUUUGAAUAAGAAAAAAAAUAUUUUCAAUUGCGAAAUAGAUCUGUAAGCGGACCCAAAAAUACAAAUCAAUUAGUAUACCUUCCAAUAAUAUUUUAAGUUGAUUGAAUGCAAAUAAUUAUUUGACAAUCAAAAAAAAGC